AUGGCAAAGGCUUAUGAUAGAGUCGAGUGGAGUUUCCUUGAAUCCAUGUUAUGUCAGCUUGGUUUCCAUGUUUCGGUUGUCAACUUGAUCAUGCGCUGUGUUUCUUCGGUUUCUUUCCGCGCGUUCUUGUUAACGGUUUCCCCGGUGAGGUUUUCGAACCAAGCAGGGGACUCCGCCAGGGUGACCCUUUAUCGCCUUUUCUUUUCUUGUUUUGUGCAGAAGCUCUCUCUGGCCUUCUUCGCCAAGCUGAAAAUCAAAGACUUAUUCAGGGAGCUCGGAUUUGCAGCUCUGCAGCCUAGAAUAAGUCAUUUGCUCUUUGCCGACGAUUGCAUUAUUUUUGGGAGAGUUAAUGAGAAGGAAGUGGGUGUUAUUGGUGCUAUUCUAAAGAAAUAUGAAGAUGUCUCUGGGCAGCAAGUUAACUUGAGCAAAUUUUCUAUUUCUUUUAGUAGUGGUGUUUUGGAGGAAACGAGGAACAUGUUGGCUGCCAAGCUUGGGGUUUCUUGUCAAGGUCAGAAUGGAGUGUAUCUUGGUAUUCCAAGUGUUGUGGGAAGAUCAAAGGUGGAGAUUUUCCAAAUGCUUGUGGAUCGCACAAGGAAAAAGGCAAAAGAUUGGAAACGGAAGUUCUUGUCGGAGCGGGAAAAACAGUUCUAA